AAAAAAGUUAGAGUGCCGCUCGCCAGGCGUGAGGAAAGGAUAAGGGAGGUCACCGCCUGAAGGUGUGUCCUCUACGGCCGCACCGGCUGCCUCGGAGAGCUGCGAGCGUCGGGAACAACCAUGUCUUACUGCCGGCAAGAAGGGAAGGAUCGGAUCAUAUCUGUGACCAAAGAAGACCAUGAAACUCCUAGCAGUGUGGAGCUGGUGGCUGAUGACCCCAAUGAUCCCUAUGAGGAGCACGGACUGAUACUGCCCAAUGGAGAUAUUAACUGGAAUUGCCCAUGCCUUGGGGGGAUGGCCAGCGGCCCCUGUGGCGAACAGUUCAAGUCUGCCUUUUCCUGCUUCCACUCCAGCAAAGAGGAAAUCAAGGGAUCAGACUGGAUAGACCAGUUUCGGGCCGUGCAGGAAUGCAUGCAGAAAUACCCAGACCUCUAUCCCCAAGACGAGGAGGAGGAAGAGGAGGCAAAGCCAGUUGAGCAGGUGGAGGAAACAGCUGCUUCUGAGGCCUCUGUAGCCAAAGAGCAGGGGUCCAGCUCCUGAAGGCCGCAGGCCCUGGCCGCCACUCACCAUGAGACUUUCUUCUGCACAAUGCCUUUUGGUCACCUCUGUGAAAGUUCCUUUCCUCUGUGCACUGUUAUGUACAAAAUAACUUAUUUUAAUGAUCGGGGUCUUGGCUACUUGCCAUAUACACUGAAGAGGUGUGUACACCUAUGCCCUGUGUAAACCUGUCCUUGAACGUUAAGCCACUGCGGGAUGUACUCUGUGAUUGCCCCAGAUUUUGUCACUUUGAAAUACUGUGUUGUGGCUUCUCGGCAAUCAAAAGUUGUUACUCAGGAAAGUUCAUCGUGAAAAAGCUGACUUAUUCUGACCCGUUGUAUUCCUUUUGGUAGAUUUUUACACCUCUUUGGGAAAUUAAGUAGAUACCAAAACUCCUUCAAGGGUAUAGGUCCAUUCCUAUUGGAAGAGGCUAGUGGUCAGAUGCUUGAGUUAGACUGCAUGGGAC